AUGGCGGCAUCCCUAGUUCCUGCCCUCCUGGCUGCCGCAGGCAUCGCCCGCGGCGCCUCGGCGGCCGCGGGGGGGCCGCUGUUCCCUGGCGUGUGCAGCGGGGGCGACCCCUCGGUCUCGCUGGCCUUCUGCGACCCGAAGCUCAGCAUGGACGAGCGGGCCGCUGAUCUCGUGGGCCGGCUCACGCUGCUGGAGAAGCAGUCGCUGCUGGACAACGACGCGGCGGCCGUGCCGCGCUUGGGGCUGCCGCCGUACCAGUGGUGGUCGGAGGGCCUGCACGGGCCCCUGGAGCCCUGCGUCAGCGACGGCGGCGUGACGAAGUGCCCCACCAGCUUCCCCGCGGCGAGCGCCAUGGCGGCGGCCCUGAACGACUCCCUGUACCUGGCGGUCGGGAGCGCGGUGGGCGUGGAGGGGCGCGCGAUCAGCAACCUGCGGACGCACGACGCCCAUAUCGGCGACGGCCUCACCUAUUGGGCUCCGAACGCGAACAUGGAGCGCGACCCCCGGUGGGGCCGCAACCAGGAGGCCCCCGGCGAGGAUCCGCACCUGACUUCCCAGUACAUAGCGCGCUACGUGCGCGGCCUUCAGGAGGGCGAGGACCCAGACCACGUGCAGAUGGUGGCGACGUGCAAGCACUUCCUGGCGAACGAGCUCGAGCACUCGAUGAUCAACGGCUCCGUGAUCACGAGGCACAACUUCGACGCGGAGAUCCCGCUGCCCGAGCUUGUCGACUACUACCUCCCAGCCUUUAAGGCCUGCGUACAGGAGGGGCGCGCUCUGGGCAUGAUGUGCAGCUACAACGCGGUGAACGGGAUCCCCAUGUGCGCCAACCGGGAGAUGCUCACGGACGUGCUGAGGGACCAGUGGGGAUUCGACGGAUAUGUGACGUCCGAUUGCGGUGCCAUCGACGAUAUCAACAAAAACCACCAUUUCGCUCCCGAUGGCGCCACAGCUGCCGCCAUGGGUUUGAGGGCAGGCUGCGACACGGACUGCGGGAAGGUGUACGGCGGCCACACGGUGGAGGCUGUGAACAGGAGCAUACUCAGUGAGGAGACCGUGGACCUAGCGCUCCGCCGCCUGGUAAAGAUACAGAUGCGCCUCGGCCUCUUCGAGCCAAAAGAGACCCAGAUGUACUUCGACAAAUCUCGAAUACGGCAUCGACAGGAUCGAUAG